AUGGACGCCUCCUCCCUCCGCAUCUCCAAGUUCGAUGGAACUAACUUCCACGCCUGGAAGUUCAAGAUGCAGAUGGUGCUGGAGGAACGGGACCUAUGGGAGGUCGUCAGCGGUGAGAUCAAGGCGGAACAGUGCGAGACUCAGUUGGACCAAGCGACGUACAAGAGGAAGUCAAGAAAGGCGAUGGCAGUGAUCUGUCUAGCCAUGGAAGAUUCCCAGCUACCGUUGGUCCGGUCGGCAAGUGGUGCAUGCGACGCAUGGUCAAGGUUGGAAGACCACUUCGAGAAGAAGAGUCUUGCCAACAAGCUGUUCUUGCGCCGUCGCUUCUUCACGACAAUGAUGGAAGAAGGCGACGAUGUGCUCGAACACAUCAACAAGCUCAAGACGCUGGCGGAACAGCUAGAAGCGGUGGGGGGCUCCACUUUGGAGUCGCGCUCAGACACUCUUAGCUGGGAGCUCGUGACGUCUCGACUGCUUCAUGAAGAAAUGAAGCGGAAGGAGCAAGGAAGUAAAGGUGAUGAAGCUUCGCAAGGUCAAGCGUUCAUCACAAGGGACAAUCAGCGCAAAGGGCGACCAGUGAAGAAGUCCUGGCCGUGCCACAAUUGCGGAAAGAUUGGUCACUGGAUGGCGGAGUGCCCCUCGCGCAUCCAAGAAAACACGGAGAGACACCGGCCACAGCGUGCUCAAGACAGCGGCGACCGCUAUCGAUCACAACGUGCAAACGUCGCUCAAGAAGAAGACUCGGGCGACUACCUCUUUUCGAUCGGUGAAACGACAUCUGCGAAAUCGAGCGACAUCUGGCUGGUCGACUCCGGGGCGACGCAGCACAUGACGUGCUCCAAGAAGUUCAUGCGGAACUACAAGGGGUUUGACGCUGUGGAUGUCCAUCUCGCGGAUGAUGGAAUCGUCCAAGCAAUCGGCAGUGGGGACAUUGUCAUGUCGAUGAAGACACCCCAAGGGAUGAAGAAAGGUGUGCUCACAAACGUGUGGCACAUCCCAAAGUUAUCCAGAAACCUGUUCUCGGUCGGCCGCUUCACCAAGGAUGUCGGCCCAGUGACGUUCACGAAGGAUGGGUGCUAUGGAGAAGCGAAAGGGACCAAGUGGAAAAUUGGUGCCCGUGAAGGUAAAGGACUGUUCAAGCUGCAAAUGACUCCAGUGGCGCCGGAACAAGCAAAUGCAGCCAAGUCGUCGGGAUGUCAAGGGGGCACCAAGUCGUACCUCUGGCACCUUCGGCUUGGCCACAUAGGUCACGAUGGACUCAAUUGCAUCGUGACGAAGAACAUUGGAAUUGGCAUCGACAUAUCUUCGGUGAAGAAGUGGGACGUGUGUGAAGGUUGUGCUCUGGGAAAACAGACUCGAGUGCGCUUCCAAUCAAACACUACAGCUCGCACCUCCAAACUCCUCGAAGUGAUUCACAGCGACGUAUGCGGACCGAUGUCGAUGGCAACUUUCAGUGGAAAACGGUACUUCGUGACAUUCAUCGAUGACAAGUCAAGAUACUGUGUCGUCUAUCUGCUCAAGAGCAAAUCUGAAGUUGCGGCGAAGUUCAUGGAAUACGCUGCGAUGGCCGAAACGCAAACCGGAAAGCGCGUGAAGUACCUUCAAAGCGACAAUGGGGGUGAAUACAAGUCCGACAAGCUGGCACGAUUCUGCGCGGAACGGGGAAUACAACAAAGGUUCACACCCCCAUAUAUGUUUAUAUUGUGGGAUGUUAGCGAAACGACAAGUCAUCGGAUUGGCUCAGUCGUUUGGGAAGGGGGAUUCCACGCGGAACUGUGA